AUGUCUGGCCCUGUAGCUCGUCUUGCGAACCUCAAGCUGGGCGGCGCUCAACAAUCCCCUUCCUCUACCUCACCUUUAAGCUCUGCAGCGGUUCAAAAUACCACGAAUGCUGACCAUGCUCCAAGUGCGGAUCUGGGCCUCAUCGGCCUCGCUGUCAUGGGACAGAACCUUAUUCUGAACAUGGCCGACAACGGCUUCACCGUCUGCGCCUUCAACCGAACCGUCUCCAAGGUCGACCGAUUCCUGGAAAACGAGGCCAAGGGCAAGUCCAUUGUCGGCGCCCACAGCGUCGAGGAGUUUGUUGGCAAGCUCAAGUCCCCCCGCCGUAUCAUGCUCCUCGUCCAGGCCGGCCAGGCUGUCGAUGACUGGAUUGAGAAGCUCCUGCCUCUCCUUGCCGAGGGCGACAUCAUCAUUGAUGGUGGUAACUCUCACUUCCCCGACUCCAACCGCCGCACCAAGUAUCUUGCUGGCAAGAACAUCCGCUUUGUCGGCUCUGGUGUCUCUGGUGGUGAGGAGGGUGCCCGAUAUGGCCCCUCCAUCAUGCCCGGUGGCAACGAGGAGGCCUGGCCUCACAUCAAGGACAUCUUCCAGGCCAUCGCUGCUAAGAGCGACGGUGAGGCCUGCUGUGAGUGGGUCGGCGACGAGGGUGCUGGUCACUACGUCAAGAUGGUUCACAACGGUAUUGAGUACGGUGACAUGCAGCUCAUCUGCGAGGCCUACGACAUCAUGAAGCGCGGCCUCGGUCUCUCCAGCAAGGAGAUUGGCGAUGUCUUUGCCAAGUGGAACAAGGGUGUUCUGGACUCGUUCCUCAUUGAGAUUACCCGUGACAUCAUGUACUUCAACGACGACGAUGGCACUGCCCUCGUUGAGAAGAUCCUCGACAAGGCCGGCCAGAAGGGAACUGGCAAGUGGACUGCUGUCAACGCCCUCGACCUUGGCCAGCCCGUGACCCUGAUCGCUGAGGCCGUCCUUGCCCGAUGCCUGUCUGCCAUCAAGGACGAGCGAGCUGUCGCCUCUACCAAGCUUGAGUUUGUCAGCCGCGUGACCACCUUUGAGGGUGACAAGGAGCAGUUCCUCGAGGAUCUCGAGCAGGCUCUCUAUGCUUCCAAGAUCAUCUCGUAUGCCCAGGGCUUCAUGCUCAUGCAGGAGGCUGCCAAGGAGUUCCACUGGAAGCUCAACAAGCCUUCCAUCGCCCUCAUGUGGCGUGGUGGCUGCAUCAUCCGAUCCGUCUUCCUCAAGGACAUCACCUCUGCCUACCGCAACCAGCCCGACCUCCAGAACCUUCUGUUCGAUGACUUCUUCCACAAGGCCAUCCACAAGGCUCAGCCCGGCUGGCGAGACGUUGUCGCCAAGGCUGCCCUCCUUGGUAUCCCUACUCCCGCCUUCUCUACCGCUCUGUCGUGGUUCGACGGCUACCGCACCAAGGACCUCCCCGCGAACCUCCUCCAGGCUCAGCGUGACUACUUCGGUGCCCACACCUUCCACAUCAAGCCUGAGAAUGCCAGCGACAAGUACCCCGUCGGCAAGGACAUCCACGUCAACUGGACUGGUCGCGGUGGCAACGUGUCGGCCUCUACCUACCAGGCAUAA